CGGUUUUUAGCAGCGCGGUAACUGACUGGAAAUCUUUAAAAAUCUCUUAGUACAAAAAUCUUAAACCUCGUUAUCAAAAUGCAUGUGCAUCGCUUGAAAUUGCUAAUUGGAUCCGCUGGUACAUUAAUAUUCGGUAUUAUUUUUGGCUGGGUUUUAUUUCCCCGCAUUCUCAAAUUUAUGAUAUCGAAGCAAGUCACACUCAAGCCGGGCACGGAUAUUCGCGAUCUUUGGUCGGCCACGCCUUUUCCUUUGCAUUUCUACAUUUACGUUUUCAACGUAACCAAUCCAGAUGAAGUGAGCCAGGGCGGUAAACCGCGUGUGCAGGAGGUUGGACCCUUUGUCUUCGACGAGUGGAAAGACAAAUAUGAUUUGGUGGACGAUGUCGUUGAGGAUACGGUUAGUUAUAACAUGAGGAACACUUUCAUCUUCAAUGAGAAGGCUUCAAGUCCUCUCACAGGCGAGGAAAUCAUCAACUUUCCGCAUCCAAUUAUACAGUCCGCCGGCAUAACCGUACAACGAGAACGGGCGCCAAUGAUAGAGCUUGUGGCCAAGGCAUUGACGAUUGUCUUUCCAACUGGUAAGGCCUUUAUAACAGCCAAGUUUAUGGAUUUGUUUUUCCGGGGCAUCGAUGUCGACUGCUCCUCGGAGGAGUUUGCUGCCAAGGCGCUGUGCACGGUUUUCUUCACAGGCGAGGUUAAGCAGGCCAAACAGGUCAAUCAGACGCACUUUCUGUUCUCAUUCCUGGGUCAGGCAAAUCAUUCGGAUGCGGGACGAUUUACGGCCUGUCGAGGCGUCAAGAACAAUAAGAAACUGGGCAUGGUCAUAAAGUUUGCCGGUGAACCGGAAAUGGACGUAUGGCCGGGCGAUGAAUGCAAUCGUUUUAUUGGCACAGAUUCCACAGUCUUUCCCCCAGGCCUGAAACGUGAUGAUGGCUUGUGGGCAUUCACUCCGGACAUUUGCCGAUCUCUGGGCGCCGUUUAUCAACGCAAGUCCUCAUAUCAUGGAAUGCCCUCAUUUAGAUAUACCCUAGAUCUUGGUGAUGUGCGAAUGGAUGAGAAGCUGCAUUGUUUCUGUGAUGAUCCUGAGGAUUUGGAUACAUGCCCACCCAAGGGCACUAUGCAUCUGAAUCCAUGUGUAGGCGCUCCACUGAUGGCAUCAAUGCCACAUUUCUAUAAUGCGGAUGAGAAACUCUUGGAAGACGUGGAUGGUUUACAUCCAAAUGAAAAGGAUCAUGCUGUCUACAUAGACUUUGAAACCAUGUCGGGCACGCCCUUUCAGGCAGCCAAACGACUGCAGUUUAAUCUGGACGUGGAGCCUGUGGAGGGUAUCGAAUCAUUGAAGCACAUGCGAAAACUCGUAAUGCCCUUGUUUUGGAUAGAGGAGGGCGUUCAUUUGAACAAAACCUACACCAAUAUGGUCAAGUACACGCUGUUUCUUGGUCUCAAGUUUAACUCGGGCUUGCGCUGGAUCCUAAUCACGCUAUCGCUGGUUGGUCUAAUGUCGACUGCAUAUCUAUUUUAUCAGAAAUCGGAUAGCCUGGACAUUACCGUGCCGCCCAAGAUCAUCAAGGAGCAGAAUAAGGUGGCCAAUAUAACACCAAUCGAAAAGGAACGGCCUGUUGCACAUCAAAACUUGCCCAUACCAGGCCUUGAUUUGUCCAAUCCUAAAGUCGAGCACAGGGAGCGUUAUUAGUUUCGGUUACGGAUCGUUAUUGCUGUCUUUGUUGUUGCUAUUGUGUAGUUGAAAGCACUUGUAGUCCAAGCACGCGCUAAUAAAGUGACCACAGUAUAAACGUGGCAAGCUUAUCAGCUGUUUA